GCUCUCAAAAUCUGUUAUAAAUAGGUCUGGAGACCCCUCAGUUAUCUUCAAUCUGUAUAUCUACAGGAUUUUUUUCCCCUCUACUUCAUGUUGACAGGCUGCUAGGCUUUAGAAAGCUCCUCCAGCUGUUUGACAAACUGAAGAUUUCAAGUGCCAAGGUGAUAGCAAUGAAUAGCGUGAAGGCAAAUACCCUGGUGCAUUUAUGCAAGCAGCUGAAAACUGUCUGGAGUCCACCAGCAGCGCCAGCAAGACCCUGCAGUCUGGCCACCUGCACGCGUAAAAACAGGAAUGAUGCAUUGCAUCCGCUUUGGCAGAGUCCGCUUACAGUUCCUGGGGGCACCCGACAGUCUCCUAUCAAUAUCCAGUGGAGGGACAGUGUUUAUGAUCCCUUUCUGAAGCCUCUGAAAAUCAACUACGACCCAACAACGUGUCUUCACAUCUGGAACAAUGGAUAUUCAUUCCUGGUUGAGUUUGAUGAUUCUACUGAUAAAUCAAUAAUCGUUGGAGGUCCUUUGGAAAACCAAUACAGGCUAAAGCAGUUCCACUUCCACUGGGGAGCUAUAAACGAGUGGGGUUCAGAGCACACGGUUGACAGUAAAUUUUACCCAGCAGAGUUGCAUUUAGUGCACUGGAAUGCUGUUGUGUACCCAACUUUUGAAGAGGCUGUAAUGGAAGGUGACGGCUUGGCUGUCAUUGGAGUGUUUUUAAAGCUGGGAGCACAUCAUGAAGGGCUGCAGGCAGUGGUUGAUGCCUUGCCAGCAGUUAAACACAAGGACACUGUUAUCGAGUUUGAUGUCUUUGAUCCCUCCUGUUUGCUACCUUCAUGCCCUGAUUAUUGGACUUACGCGGGCUCUUUGACUACUCCUCCGCUUACCGAAUCAGUCACAUGGAUUAUUAAGAAGCAGCCAAUAGAGGUUGAUGAGAAUCAGCUGGAGGCAUUUCGGAUGCUGCUCUUUACUUCAGAUGGCGAAGAAGAAAAGAGAAUGGUAGACAACUUUCGCCCUCUUCAGCCGUUAAUGAAUCGAACCGUCCGUUCAUCCUUCCAAAGCAGGCAUCUCUUGAAUACUGAAGUACAACCCAAGGACCAUGCUGAGCAGAUCAGGCCGUAGAUGGCCAAUGAAACGUCAGUCCAGACUGCGCAUAUCUGGCGUUAAUUUUGAAUUAUUUUUCCUUUUCCUGCAGUGUGUGUUUGCUGUACAGUUUCACAGCCAGCCAGUUUCACCAUUUCAGUUUUAAGUCCCAUUUAACCUUCAGUAGAGAAGCUGCGGAUUUUUUUAGUGUUGCUUUUACAAAGAAGUAAAUAAUAUUAACCCUUAACACGACAGUGAAAGGAAAAAUAACAGCAGGAGAUAUUUUUUUCUGACUCUCUUCUGAAUCUUUCUGUGUCUUUUCAAAUGCUCUUUCGGUGUCUUGCAUGAAUUAAUAAUCCCAACUGAAAACAUGUGAGCAAGCAGGAAGUCUGAAAAAGUGAAAAGUAUUAAAAUCGGUCAGGUCUUUUUUGUGGAUGUGUUUCAGAGGUUUGGGAAGAGAACUGGCUUCUCUUGCUCACAUAUACAGAGACAUUUUAUCUUCUUCCUUUUUUUCCUUGGUGCUUAGGAUGACAAGAGGAGAUGGGAAAAAAUGAUUUAUAGAAUCUAACCUGUUUACAUUCCACUAACUGCAUGAUCUGUGUGUGAUAUGGAUGCCACAGA